UGAAAAGUUUGGAAAGCUCUGCCCUAGUAAUUGCACUUCGCAUUGCAUCUUUACAAUGCAAUCCUAUAUGCUCCAUUGAGUUCAGUGGAAAUGACUUCCAGGUACGUGUGCCUAGGCUUUGUCAAUUUCCUCAGGAUAGCUAGAUUGCAAAUAAAAGGGUGGUGAUUAAAUUAUGAGUGUCUCAGUGAUUACAAAAAUCAUGGGAAGUGAGUGAACUAAAGACAAAAUGUAAUUAUGUAAGAAUUUUGCAUAUUUACAUUUUACAUACUAUAGUAGGAUUGUGUAUAAAAUUGAUCUUUUUAUUUUUAUAUAUCCACACACAGCUGAUAUUUUCACUAGAUAGAUGGAUAGAUAUAAUUCAAAUAUAUUGUUGUGCACUUUUUAAAGUAAAUAAGGGUCCUUCUGAGAAGGCCUUGCUAAACACGUGUGACCUUUGGAGAACACCCCCCCACACCUAUAUUGCAUCAUUUGCAGGUUUUGUUCAUUUUCUGAUUUUGUCCUGGUCCUCGUUUGUCCUAGAUGGCUGCUGGCCAUGAAUUUCCCAUUUCUCCAGCUUCAGUUUUUUCUGCUUUGUUAUUUACAGUCUCCUUCACCUUAACUAGGAUGUUAGGGAUGUGUGUUUUUUUAAUAAUUAACCAAUAAAUAAAUAAAAAUACAUGUUUGACAGGGACAGGAUAACUGUUUCCAAGCUAGGUUGAACCAUUUCCCCUGUGGGCUCAGAAAAUGUGGGAAUGAAUCAUUUGUCUGCUGCAUGAGAACAAUCUGGCAGAGGACUCUCCACCUUCUUGCUUCGCCCCUAACUGCCUCUGAUGACUGUGUAGUAGACUGACAAGAGGACUGUAGCCCUUUCCAUUCUACCUGGCAGGUAAGAGGCCCUGCUGAAGAAAAUACUUCCUUUCCCUUUUGCAAGGUCCCCAGAACUGGAUCCAGAAACAUCCUCAUAUCAUUUUGCAGACGCAUCUAGAGGCCCAGCCUACUCUGAGGAUGCUGGUGUUAGUCAACAAGGAUGAGCUUCGAGUACUGAAGAAAGAGCUGAGGAGCUGCUUCCCCGAAUCUCUAAAGGUCCAUGGGGCUGUGCUGAACGUGUGCCAGGGAAACACUUUCCAUCAGGAGAUACUGGUAGAUUCCUGGCCCAGCUUCCAAGUGGUCAUUGCACGGCUCCAGAGAGAGAAAGUGCCAUCAGAAAGGAACUAUUUUACCCAAUCUUGUGCAGUUUUCUAUAAGGACCUAGAUGCCUAUGAGAAAUUGGUGAAAGAUUCUGAUGCCAUUGAUUGGAAACAAGAAUUCUUACUUCAGGGUCUGCAGGAUGGUGUGUAUCAGACAUCUCAAAACCUAGCAGCUGCCAAGCAUUUCUCCGCAAAGCUGGUGACUCGGACCCAGGUUUUUGUUGUGCAGAAACCCUUGAAUUUGUCUUCUUCCACACCCAUGUCAGGAUCAGAACUGAAACUCUCAUCUCUCAACACCACUCAUGCUGCCCUGCUGAAUGAGACCUGGAGUGUAGGUGGCAAUGAGCAGAGUCUCUGCUAUCUGACUCGGCUAAUCGACUGCUUCCCUAGUAGUUGCCUUCUGGAUGCUGGAGGAUGUCCUAUCUCUUGGGUCCUGCUGGAUCAAUUUGGGUGCCUGACCCAUGCUUACACCAUGCCAGCACACCGUGGCAAAGGCUACAUUCAGCUGGUGAUAGCAGCACUAGGCAGGAAGCUACAAAGCCUCAAUUACCCAGUCUAUGGUGAUGUCCUGGAAAACAACACAUCAAUGCAGAGAGCCCUACAAUGCCUUGAAGCCAACUUUACUAGUUGCUUUCUGUCCUAUGACCUGCAUACACCCAUUUCUCUGCUGUGACAGGCUAUUCAAAAGCUCUGACAGUAAAAAAUAAACCAGUGGUAGCAAAAACAGAUGGUUUAAAUGAGAAAAUUCAUAU